AAAGGACAUCAAUCUCUUCCUUGCAUGUAUAAAUCAUAAAAACGAAAGCGUUUAAUUCCGGUUCAUAAUAAAGCCUAUCUAUAUAUAAAUGCAUCACGCACUACUGCUUGGACACUUGUCUAGUACCAAUCGUAUGGUAAACAUUGCGAUAUAACAUGGCUUCAUAUUGUACCGUUAUUUUGUUUGUGUCGAUGAUGGUGUCAUCUGUUUUGACAGAGGAACCGAUAUGCACUAAGUAUGCAGUUCAGGACAAACUUGUAGAUGUCGUUUUCGAGCUUGAGCACCAGGUGGACACUCUGAAGAGAGCACUCAAGAAUGUCCAGCAUCAACUGAACACCUAUCAGCUGACCAUGGACAUGUCCACCGCUGCCUUGGCAACGAGAGUGGACGGACUUGACACAAAACUGACCGCAGAGGAUAAGCGCAUUGAGGAGAAAUUGACCAUGCUUACCAACGGACUACCUAGCCGAAUUACCUCGAUGAUGACCGGUUUAUGUUCAACAACACUCGUAGCUUUCCAAGCUUUUCUCAGCAUUAACAUCGCCUUUCCCCAGGUAAAAGUUGUCACCUUCAACGAAGUUCCUGUUAACAUCGGCAACGCGUACAACGCAACCACGGGAAUCUUUACAGCUCCUGUCAACGGAACGUACUUAUUUUCCAUGACAAUCGGAAACCCUACCGGAAAUCCAGGAGCGAUGAUGAUGAAGAAGAACAACGAAGACAUUGGUUAUGCCAUUGCUGGCCAUACCACUGGCUGGAAUCAGGGUAGCCAAACAACUGUAGUGCGCAUGUCCGUUGGUGACGUCAUGUUCGUUGAAGGAGAAGGUCACGUGUCUGGGAAUUACGCAGGGUUCCGGAAACACUCGAGCAUUACUGGGAUACUCAUUAACAAUUGUUAAGAAAAGAAAUCAUGCAUCUUAUGCUUUUCGACUUGAACCAUUUUUUCUAUAUUGUAACUAUUAAAAUAAAGUUUUAACAUGAUAAUACGUUUGUUUUCACAAAUACGGUUACUUGUUAUCAAAAAAUAA